AUGGAGAACAUCCAACGACUCGUCCGCCGUCGUGGCGCAGCAAAAGGUAAGGUGUCUCGCAUCCUCAAUACUAUCCGCCCAGAUGGGGAUGAAGUGGUUCAGCUGACGGAAGCUGAGGUAAAGGUCUAUAUGACGAAGUUGGAAGCAGCCUAUAAGGAGUACAACGUUGCUCACGACCAAAUCAUGGAUGUAGUUUUGACUGAUGACUGCGAACAGCAUGAGCAACAGUAUGAGGAGUUUGACAUCAUUCACGAUACUGUUUCCAUUUUGUUGGAGGAACAGCUCACUAAGCUCGAUGCUAACAAGAUGGCCGCAAACGUCGUCGCAAGGAUAGGUAACCAGAACCAACAAGCACCGGUUGUUAUCCAUCAACCGCUUCGCAUGCCGGUGCCCACAUUCGAUGGCCGGUAUGAAAGUUGGCCGAAGUUCAAGGCCAUGUUCAAGGAUCUCGUGGAUAAGGGUCCAGAUCCGCCAGCAGUGAAGCUAUACCAUCUGGAUAAAUCCUUGGUCGGAAGUGCAGCUGGUCUGAUUGAUGCCAAGACCAUUAACGAGGGCAACUACGCCCACGCGUGGCAAAUCUUGGAAGAGAGGUUCGAGAAUAAGCGCCAUGCCAUCGACUCUCAUGUGAACGGUCUGCUGAAUCUGAAGCGUAUGGUGAAGAAGAGCCAUUUUGAGUUACGGGCUCUAGUGGAUGAGUGCAGCAAACAUGUUGAAGGUCUUAAGUUCCUGGAGCGAGAGUUCGAAGGAGUAGGAGAGGAUUUCGUCAUCCAUCUACUGGCAGCUGCAUUGCACAACGAUGUGCGUCAUCUUUGGGAGUCAACCGUUAAGCAUGGAGAGCUGCCCGACUACGAAGACAUGCUGGUGUUCCUGAAGGAACAGACCUUCAUCCUGGAAAGAGUCGAGGCUAGCAGUCAGAAGUCAUAUUCGGCUUCAGUUAGGGCUGUUUCUGUAACGAACAAGUCGUCGGUGCAGAAAUCUCAUGCAGUUGUGUCUUCGAGCGAGACAGAAACGAAAUGUGAAUUUUGCGGAAAAUCACAUGCUAAUCAUAGCUGCGCCGACUUUAAAUCCCUCACUGUCCCGCAAAGAUUGGUCAAGGUUCGAGAACGAAAUGUUUGUUUCAAUUGUCUACGCAGAGGUCAUCGGAGUGUCGAUUGUUCGUCGGAAAAAUCGUGCCAAAGAUGCAAACGUCGGCACCAUACUCUCCUUCAUGCUGAGGAAAAACCCAAGCAAGUUUUGGAAUCAUCAAUUAAGCCGACUCCGAAGCUAGCAACAGAUCAAGAGGGCCCGUCAACAUCAGCAACACCGACGACUGCAUUGUGUUCCAGUUUGGCAUCUCGUACGCAGCAAGUGUUGCUGCUUACAGCGGUAGUGGACAUCUUGGAUAGAAACUACCACCCCCACCCAUGCAGAAUUUUACUGGAUAGUGGUUCCCAAGUUAAUUUGAUAUCUCGAGCAGCAGUAAAUUUGUUGGGUUUGAAGCUGGGUUCGUCGAACAUCACGGUCUUGGGGGUGAAUAACACGAAGACUCAUUCAUCCAACUGUGGUGUGGUCAAUCUGUCGUCGAGGUACAAUGAUUUCCAUGCAAACGUUAAGUGUCUGGUAACUGACAAGGUGACAUCGGAUUUGCCAACAUCGGUCAUCAAUGUCAGCGCGUUGGAGCUUCCCGUUAAUGUUCAGCUAGCUGAUCCGACAUUUUCCAACUCAAGUAAGGUAGAUAUGCUACUGGGCAACGAAUGGUUCCUUAAGUUGUUGUUGCCUGGUGAAAUAGCAAUGGGUGACAGUCUGCCAAUUUUGCGUGAGACCCAAUUUGGCUGGGUCGUGGGUGGUGUGUUCGAUGACGGUGCGUUUCCAGAUGAAGCGGUUCACACGCACACAGUCACCAUGGAUGAAUUAAGCCAUUCCAUUCAACGGUUUUGGGAAGUCGAAGACGUUGCAGAUACAGAAGAAUGUGGUAGUGAAGAAGCAGAAUGUGAAGAACAUUUCCGAGAGACUCAUCGAAGAGAUGCAUCUGGGCGAUACAUCGUGGAGCUGCCGCUUAAGGAAUCCGUCAGCGAAUUGGCUGAUUCUAGGUCGUUGGCGCUGAAGAGAUUUUAUGCACUUGAACGAAGACUUUCGUUGCAUCCAGACUUGAAACAGCAGUAUCAGGAUUUUAUGGCUGAGUACGAGAGUCUUGACCACUGCAAGGAGGUUGAUGUACGCAAGGAUUCGCAUGAUAUCCUCAAGUGGUACUUACCACAUCAUGCUGUUUUGCGGCCUUCAAAUACAACCACUAAGUGUCGUGUUGUGUUUGAUGCGUCUGCCAAGGUAGCUGGUCGGUCACUCAAUGACGUAAUGAAAAUUGGUGCCAUAAUCCAAAGUGAUUUGCAAUCCAUUGCUCUUCGGUUUCGUUUCCCGUUAUUCGUGCUGGCUACUGAUGUGGCCAAAAUGUACCGACAAGUUCUCGUGGAUCAGCGACAUACACCGCUUACUCGUGUGUUCUGGAGAAAUAGUUCCACCGAUCCACUCCGUGUCCUUGAGCUGACAACCGUAACUUAUGGUACGGCGUCUGCCCCAUUCUUGGCGACACGGGCACUACUGCAACUGGCCAUCGACGAAGGCGCAAAGUAUCCUCUGGCUGCUGACAUCGUUAAGAAUAGUUUUUACGUGGACAACGCUUUGUUCGGUUUCGAUGAUUUGGGUGAAGCAAGCAAAGCCCAGACGCAGUUAAUUGAUAUGCUUGGAACUGGUGGAUUUCCUCUGCAUAAGUGGGCUUCCAAUAAUCCUACGCUGUUGGAGCGGAUUCCUGAGAAUGAGCGGGACGAAUUGGUCAGCAUCGACGAAGGUGGUAGUGCAGUGAUUAAAACGUUGGGCCUUAUGUGGAACCCAGAUUUGGACGCUCUGCAGUUUGUGUCUCUCUCAACAGUAAGUAAAAGUAAUACAACGAAGCGACAAGUGCUGUCGCUCGUGUCCAGAAUGUUUGACCCUUUGGGUCUGGUGGCGCCGGUUAUUCUAAUUGGCAAACUUCUAAUGAAGAAUAUCUGGAAGGAAGAGCUAGAGUGGGAUGACGAGCUCACAGGUGAACUGAAGAAACAUUAUGAUAAUUUCCUGAAUGCGUUAAGUGGUGUUACGAAUCUGCGAAUUUCUCGUCACGUGGUGGUCACUGGGGCCAUUGCUUUUGAGCUGCAUAGGUUUGGUGACGCAACAUUGGAAGCAUACGGCGCCUGUGUGUACAUAAGAUCAAUUCUACCUGGACAACCUGCGGUGAUGAAGUUGUUGUGUGCAAAGUCCAAAAUCGUCCCUAAGACUGUGCUGACGAUUCCAAGAAAGGAACUUUUAGCAGCGCUUUUGCUGAACCGUUUGGUGAAAAAGGUGUUGGCAGCAUUAGCGCUGCCCUUCCGGGAUGUUACUAUGUGGUCAGACAAUCAAGUGGUGCUAGCUUGGCUAGCGAAAAACCCGGAACGCUUGGAAGUGUUUGUGAGAAACCGGGUAAGUGAAAUUACCGCUACUGGACAUAAGUGGAGAUAUGUGAAUACGCUGGAUAAUCCAGCCGAUAUAGUGUCGCGUGGCCAAUCUGCUAGUAGUCUUGAGAAGAAUGAUCUUUGGUGGAAUGGUCCUUUGUUCCUGCGCAGUGAAGAAUAUCAGGUGGUGGUACCAGGUCCACUUUCCGAUGAAGAGGUUCCAGAGUUACGGCGUGCCACUAUUUCUUCUGCGGUGGUAUUGUUGGAGAAGUUGCCUGUAUUUUCUAAGUUCGAGUCCUUCAGGAAGAUGCAGCGAGUUUUGGCAUAUGUUUUGCGUUUCUGCCAGAACGCGAAACAAAAGGUUAAGCAGCAGAGAAUCACACAGCGGUUUCCAACAGUGAUAGAGAUGCGUACCGCCUUGAAACUCAUCGUCAGGGUGGUUCAGUUGCAGCAUUUUGGUAAGGAAGUUGGCAUCAUCGAGUCUGGUGAGUACUGCAAAAGAUUCUCUACAUUGAACCCCUUUCUUGACGAUGGAAUGAUUCGUGUUGGUGGCCGACUGCGAAAUUCGAGUUUGCCCUAUGGCGUUAAACACCAGUGGAUCUUGCCUAAUCAAGAUAAAAUGGUCCAGCGUCUGAUUGAAGCCAUUCAUCGUGAGAAUUUGCAUAUUGGACCUUCGGCUUUGCUGGCUCAAUUACGUCGCCAAUUUUGGAUUGUGGGAGCUCGUUCUGCUGUGCGCAAGGUAACCCGAAAUUGCGUGCGAUGUUUCAAGUUAAAUCCUCCGUGUGCCACUCAAUUCAUGGGGGAUCUUCCGGUUGCAAGGUGUGAUAAAGCUCCCGCUUUCGUGAAGGUUGGCGUUGAUUUUGCGGGCCCCAUCCUUAUUAAGCAGACUGGAAGAAAAGCAGCACCUGUAAAGGGAUACAUUAGUGUCUUUGUUUGUAUGGUAACGAAGGGCAUUCACCUGGAAUUAGUGGAAGACCUGUCAGCCGAUGCCUUCGUUGCUGCCUUGCUGCGGUUCGUCUCUCGACGUGGUGUCCCUGAACAGAUUUUCUCCGACAAUGGGACAAAUUUCGUCGGGGCUCGCAACGAGCUUAACGUGCUAUAUAAGCUUUUUAAGGAGCAAGCAACAACUCUCAAGAUUUUUGAGUUCUGUCAGCCUCGGCAGAUUGAAUGGAAGAUGAUUCCACCAAAUGCGCCGCACAUGGGUGGUAUCUGGGAAGCAGGAGUCAAGAGCACUAAGACUAUCUUGAAGAAGAAAUGUCAAUCGAGUCUUUUAAACACGUCGGAGUUUUCAACCUUGCUUUGCCAAAUCGAAGCUCAGCUAAACUCGCGGCCUUUGUAUGCUCCUUCCGAGGAUCCAUCGGAGCUUGAGCCGUUGACGCCAGGUCACUUCAUGAUCGAUCGACCUUUGACGGCUAUUCCGGAGCCAAGCUGCGAGGGUAUUCCAGUCAAUCGUCUGUCUCGUUGGCAGUAUGUCCAGCGUCUGCGAGAAGAUUUCUGGAAGCGAUGGUCACAAGAGUACCUAUUGGAGCUUCAAAAACGGAAUAAGUGGAAUAAGAGGCAAGGAAACAUUAAACCAGGAAUGGUUGUCCUGAUCAAGGAUGACAACUUACCACCACAAUAUUGGAAAAUGGGCAAGGUGGAAAACUCGUAUUUGGGAUCAGAUGGAUUCGUCCGGGUUGUGGAUAUUCGAACCAAAGGUGGUUUAUUAAAGCGUCCAAUCCACAAACUGGCCCCUUUGCCUAUACUGGACAAUGAGUGCAAGGAAUCCGCGGGGGAGGAUGUUCGAGCCGUCCCUGCUGAAUAA